GCGCUACCCAGUACGGUAUCUUCACUUGUAUCUCUGAAUCUUCACGUGAGGACAAAGCACCUGAAUUUCUAAAUUUAGGGGAAGGUCCGCGCGUGUUGUCGGUGGCAUAUUUCACCGCCUGCCCUGCAGCACCGCUCUUGGUACCCGGAUUCCUCUCCGACAUCGUAUACGCUUCUCUUCUCCCUGUCCCUGCAUUCCCAGCGCCGAAGAAUCGGGCAUCACGUUCCGAAUCAUCCACAUCUAGCUCAUGCGGCCGGACACCUAUCAUGCUAAAGCUCGUUAUUUCAUUUUCUCCCUACCACUGCUGUUCUGCAUCAGCAGCACGAAGAUGAGCAGCGCCUUGUACGUCCUGCAUACACUCAACCCGACGCGUAACUCUGUGUCCUCCUUUUGCUACACUCGUCCACAUGCGAGCGUGCUGAGGCUCCACCAGACCAAGAGCAGGGCUGAGACCGCCCAGGAUGCAGUUACGGCUAAGCUGCUGUGAUGCCGGCUUGGCUUGCUUGAAUGUGACCGGUGUUAUUACCAAAGCCCAUAAAUUGUUGAUCGGUUGAUCCCCCAGCGGUUGCAGCACACCAGGCUAGUCUACUCAAUGCCAAGUUCAGAGCUGGUGAUACGCCCAAGCCGAGCGUAUGAGUAUACGGUAUGAAUGAACGGACCACACCGGAGGUCCUGUGUACAGGUUUGCUUCGCAGUCAGGGAGGAUUGGAUACCGGAUGUUUGACAGAUAUGGAGCCGAUGAACCCUGUGACAACAUGCUCUAGAUGCUGUCUACGAGCAAAGUACGAGCAAAGUACGAGACAAUAUCGAGCUUGACAAAUAAAUCGAGGGAGAGUACCGCCGGGAAUGUGGUGGCUGCAUUGGCAGGCGUAGUUCUCACGUUCCCCAGCGCCGAAGAAAGAGCGGUAUUGCCUGAGAGAAGACACAAGCCUUCAAGACAUAUGUCUUCGUCGGGAUAAUACAUUUCCGAAAUGCUUCGGCCCCUUACAAUCAGUCGGUCUGCAUGUUAAGAACAUUCGAUGAGAUGGGUAUAGCCGUUGGAUGGAUUGGGAUGACCUGCCCUACGGGGCUCCCGGUACGAGGACGGGGUACUGCGUUGUUCAACAGUAGGGCCGAUGUAGGAGAAUUGUGGUGUUACGGUCUCGUGGGUCUGUGGGAUAUCUGCGACUGGAUGUCACGGGCCCCGCAAGCAGCAGUGCAAUCGUCAAUUGCUUGAGUGAUUCAAAGUAUUCGACUCACAUGUUUCCUUGGUUAACAUGAAUUGAGGUUCAGGUAGAGCAUGCCUUCCUAGUUGUUUCAGACAGGCUGCAAGGAAUUGAAUGCUGCGCCGGGAGCGAUCGAGAUGGCCGAAGUCGGAUCGUUGCGGCCUCUCCUACCUCCUAUGCCUAGGUAGGCGAGGAGGUGAGGCUGGCCCUGAGAGGCGGCUCAACUCCAAGGAGACCAAGACCGCGUCAGAGAUGUAAAGAGGUACUUGGCGCCUUGGAAAGCUUGGUGCUGUACCCUUCCUAUACGUCGGCAUAGGGCUCAUU